AUGGUGGGGGCAGCCACCAGGUUUGACCAGUACAGAGGGAAGGCUUGGGACGCUGUCAGGCACAAGUACCCGACCCAGCCAAGGCCCCAGCUGAUGCGGACACUGACACUGGAAGAAGACGAAAGUGUGCAUGAAAAGGGCGAGGGGCCUCUGGAGGCAGGCGUGGAACGAAGAACCAGACUGUCCAAACAGGUGGUGGAGGUUCGCACCCCGGCUGUUGAGACCACAGACGAAAACAGAGACAUCCUGGUGGGAGACUGGGACCAGCUGUUUCAAUGGACAGAAAAGGUGUUUGGCUGCCUCCAGAAUAGAGGGCUCAAUGUGAUGGUGCUUUCAGACAGCCCUGUGGCCGAGUACAAAACGCCAGACUACCUCUACGGUAGCACCAUCCCCUUCAUACACUCCCUCAAGAGCAGUGCCUACAAAUGCCAGGCCUUUUGCCCUGCAGUAGAGCAGCCCAACAUCCUCACUGGACAGCCAGCUGCAGUACUGAGCCACUGCCAAGUCCAUCAGAUUCCAGCUGUUCUGUACCAAUGUUACUCUGUCAUCAGCCCAGACUUGGUCACCAUGGAAACCUACAAACCUGCUCUGACAAGUUUAAGCAAGUUGGUUAAAUUGGAGUCUUGUCCGAGUGCAGACGUCCUCCGAAAGUUUGCCAAAAUCAGCGAGACUCCGAGUAACCUGUAUACUUAA